AUGUUCAACCUGAAGGAUGGAUUAUCCGGCAAGAAUACUCUCAUUGCUAUAGAUAUUUCCAUAACUUAUCUGAGUUUGAAAUAUGGCAUGAAUCGAUACCUGAAAACCAGCGUACAUUUCAUGAAGUUAUUCGGACUGGGCAAUCACAAAAAAUCAAGAUUGAUGUGGAUGAAGUCAACUGAAGUUACACGUAAAAAAGAUGAGAUUUAUUUAUAUAUUAAAAAUGCUCUUCGAAUUGCUAUAAAAGAAAUAACUGGAUUAAAUCUUUCAAAAGAUGAUCUUCUUGUAGCUGAUUCCUCAAAUGAGUCUAAAUGGAGUAAACAUUUGAUAUUACCUAGAUAUUUCGUUCGUGGUGCAUCCAAAGCUCGAAAAUUUACAUCACAAAUCUUAGAACUUCUUCCAGAAAGAAUGCAUCCUUUUAUUGAUGAAAAAGUAAACAAAGAUCUCCAUUGCUUUCGACUAGCGGGAAGUCAUAAAGCCAAAGACUCUUCACGCAUUAAGUGCAUUUGUUCAAAUCAUACUUGGAGAGAGUCACUUAUUACUCAUAUUGAGAAAGAUUCCACAGAACUCUGGCCAUAUGAAUGGGAAGAAGAAGAGAAAAAAUUGAAAAAUGAGUCUGUUUCACGUGAGCAGAGUGAUACUGCAAUAAAAAUAGUAGAAGAACAAUUUCCUUUUCUGUCUUAUCGAAAUUCUAGUAAUAGUUUUGAUACUUUUGAUAGAACUCUGCCUACAACAUGUUUGAUCUGUGAAAAAGAGCACACGAGAAAAGGUGAAUCUGGUAUCGAAGUCAUUAGAGCAGACAACAAUAGCAGGACCAGUAAGAAGAAAAAAGUUAUUUCACGUUUAGAUAGAUUAAGAUCUCGGCUUCAGCAUAUAUUACAAUCUCAUUCACAAAAUAACUUUACUGCUAUUGGAAAAAACAUCGAAAUAUAUAAUGCUAAAAUAAUGCGUUGCUAUAAUUUACAAGCUAAACUUACAAGCGGUAACCAGCACUUGAUGCUUAUUAAAGAACAUUGCAGUGUUGGCAAAUCAAAUAAGACAGCAGAGAAAAUAAAAACACUAUGUCAUUCUGAUGGUUCUUCCGUUUCAAUUCUUAUCAUUUCCAGCCGGCAUAGUCUAGCCCAUGGUCAAAAAGUUCUUUUCGAAGGGUUUAAGUCUUAUCUCGAACUGGAUAUGAAAAAGCUUAAUCCUAAAGAUACUCCGAAACUCAUUAUCAGUCCCGAAAGCAUUCACAAACUUGGAGCAACUGGCUAUGAUAUAAUUAUACUAGAUGAGUUUGAAACUAUCACUCAGAAUUUUAGUGGACCUACUAUGAAAAAACUGAAGCUGAGCCACGACGUAUAUAAAUCCUUGCUUCAAUCUGCAUUAUUGAUAUUGGCUUUAGAUGUUACAUUAGAUUCAGACUCACUUAACCAGCAUAUACGAGAUAAAUGUCAUGCUCUUAUACAUAUUAAUACCAAAAAAUGGAAUGCUGAAUUAAUUGGAGCUCUGAGACAAGGAUUAAAAGUCUAUAUUCCAAUAUUUGCUAGUGCGGAAAUGGCAGAAGCUCUUUAUAAAGAAUUGGCGUCUCAUGGAUAUCGAGGUAAAUGUUUUUCCAAAUGGCUAUCAGAAACAGAGAAAAAAAACAUAUUUGCUGAUAUUAACGAUGCAGUGGCAAAUCUCGAUUAUUUAAUAGCAACUCCAGUCAUAACUUGCAGUGUAAGUAUAACAAUAGAAAACUUCGAUAUGACGUUUGCUCAUUUUCGCACAUUAGCCGGUCUAACAAGCAAUGAAGCAUAUCAGAUGUUGCACCGCGUUAGAAAGUUAAAUCAAAAUGUAAUGCAUGUUCUAACAGAUUUACGUGGUGAUAAUUUGCCGACAGACCGUGAAGAUUUACUUCGUUUUAUCAGCUAUCGAUGUAAUGUCGCGGAAUAUCCCGACUUAGAGGAAGCUCAUUGUGAUAAAACACUUACUCUUGAUGGCAAAUGGAUUUUUAAACCAAACGCAUCUUUAGAAACUCAUCUCUAUAAUGCAUCCCACCGUAAUGCGUCUAGAAACGAUUUUGUAGGUUUACUAGCUGACCAUCUUAGUGAAUGCGGUUAUGACAUUAGUGUUGCCAAAGAUUGCCCUUCUAUUGAUUCAAAAAUUACAGAAAAUAAUGAAGGCAAAGAAUUGCUUUUAAAU